GCCAGAGAAAGUCGCUGUCUUGCCAGCCGUUGCCAGCCGUCUUCAGAACAUUUCUGUCCUGCCAGCCAGAGAAAGUCGCUGUCUUGCCAGCCGUUGCCAGCCGUCUUCAGAACAUUUUUGUCCUGCUAGCCAGAGAAAGUCGCUGUCUUGCCAGCCGUCUUCAGAACAUUUCUGUCCUGCUAGCCAGAGAAAGUCGCUGUCAACACCUCGACAUGCACACCCUGUCAUCCACCGAUUUACCCACCUGGCUGAUCAUCAGUUCAGCAGUUUUAGCCGCCAUCAUCUGCGUGUUAAAUGUGACCGUGCUUAUAGCGUUCAUCAUCCAACACACUCUUCGAAAGCCGCAGCACUAUUACCUUGCAUCCCUAGCGGCUGCUGAUUUCAUGGUGGGAUUCAUCUCGAUUCCCUUUUUCCUGCAGUACAUGUAUCUGGACCGCUGGGUUCUGGGACAAUGGAUAUGUGAUGCGUGGCUGACACUGGACUUCACAGCGUGCAUGGCGUCAAAGAUGGGCGUGUUCCUGUUAACGACGGACAGGUUCCUGUUGCUUACGUUUCCGUGGAAGUACAAGAACUAUCAGACAAAGAGAAACAUUGGUAUUCUGAUUGCCGUGGUCUGGAUCAAUGCCAUAAUAUUGUUCACCACGGCCAUAGCAGGGUGGAGCAGUCUUGUUGAUGACGGGAAGACACGUGAAGAGGGAUCCUGUCACGUCCAGUUCAUGGAGGACAGAGUGUUCACGCUCAUGUGGGUGAUCGAAUACUGGAUGCCCUUAGUGUACAUGUGCGUCCUGUACAGACGGAUCUGCGUCAUUGCUCUGGCUGUGUACAAGUCGUCGGGUUUUAAAUGGUUUUGGUACUCAAACCAUCCGACAGGCAGUAUACAGAGCGACACGCGAAAACUCCAGACAGUAAUCAGGUUAAAGUCUAACAGCGUUACGCCUCAGACACUAGGACUCUCGACUUCAGGUUCUAGCAAGAAAGAUAACUCGAAAACUGACCUCGGUGACCAAGGCGUGUGUGAUGGUAGUGCACAAGAUCCCUGUUCGGUUACCAUCACACCAGACAAAGAUGUUGACCAUAUUGCAAAUUUGAGAAAUUUGGAAAUUAAUUUUGAAAGUACUUUAUGUAAGGGUGAAAAAGAAACCGGGGAUUGGUCUCCGACGACAAAGAACGGAGUAUUUUCCCCAUCACCAACAGAUACAAAUGGAAAAAUGGAAACAGCCUCCAAAGAAACAGAUACAAAUAGGAAAGCAACAAAAUCUCAUGUCGAUUUUGUUAUGAAUGAAAAAUCAAAAACAGGUCCUGACGGCGCAGUUAUAAACGGGAAAACGACAAAAGCUCCAAACAAAGCAGUUACAAGUGGGAAAGCAGCACUAUCUCACGUAGAAACAGUUACUAAUGGGAAAGCGACGAAAGCUCUUAAAGAAUUUGUUAUGAAUGAAAAAUCAAAGAACGCCCAUAACGAUGCCAAUAAAACUGACGUCACGACGCCGUCAGCUGUCCGUGAAGUGACUACACUCAAGGACCAGUGUGGUGCAGAUGCAGCAGACGAUGGUGUAGAGAGUACCAGUCGAUCUCGUAUGAACUGUGCAGACGUCAAAAGGAACACCAGAGGACUGAGGAGGUUCCGGGAGAUUGUAUGUUUGACUAGGCAGAAUCUCGUUCGGAAGCGGGUCUACGAGUCGCACGUGCGCACAGCGAUAAAAAGGGUAACUCUGAUUCUUGGUGCGUUUAUCGUCUGCUGGACGCCGUACAACGUCAUGGUCUUCAUCAUAGCAGUGGGAGGGUACACGAACGUGAACACGACCGCGUACACCGUCACCUACUGGAUCUGCUACCUCAACAGCGCCGUCAACCCCUUGUGCUAUGCGCUGGCCAAUCCAGAGUUAAAACGGACGUUUAUCAGAAUAUUAAAACUGGACUGGCAUAUGGCAUGACGUGUGGUUGUGUGAUUGGAUAACUCAGUCCAGUGCUUUAUUAACUGUGGGUUGGGUGUAGCUCUGUGGUGGUGGUAGUAGGCUCGCCUAAGGUGCGAAGGGUAGAGGGAGAGUGAUGUACUCCUUUCCCAACCAGAGUCUCGCCACCUCAAAGACAGUGGUAUGUAGUGUACUGCCUUUGCAAAAGCACAUAUAAAAUAUGCAUUACUA